UGUAUCACGUGAGUGAAAACGACCCAAGAUGAACUGUACGUUUGAGUAGAGAGACGGGUUUUGAAGCCAGAUUUGAAGGCUUUCAUGUAGACACAUCGUAGAAAGGAGGUCGAAUUCCAACCAGUGCAUGAGGCAUGAAAAAGGAAAAAGCUGCAAAAUUUCUCCCAGCUUAUGCAUGGUACAGUGAGGAAGGAAACAAGCAGACCAAAGAGACCGACUCAAGUGGUAAUUAAGGCACAGUAACUCUGAUAGGUGUGAUGAAGACCCAGGACAGACGACCUCUCCUGGCCCCUUAAAUAUGAGCUGAAGAGGAUCAAAAUGAAGCUACUGCAAACAGGAAAGAAAAUGACAUUUCUUGUUUGAAUAACCAGCAUCAAUGGGUAGAAGUCUUCGUAGUGUACGUUACUAUGUCUUUUUUCUUGCAUUGUCUUUAACAACCAGUAUGAUCAGUAUUUCCAUCUAUAUUUUGUCAGAGAGAAGAGUUCAGAUGAUAAAAGUAUCUUUGUCUGAAAAUAAUCCUGAAUUCAAUAGUCUUCAAGACUCUUUGUUUUUCCAGAAAUUGAGCAUUGCAGCCAAAAAUAGUAACCUUCAAAGCAAACUAGAUUCAGUAAAUGCAACCGGAUAUCCAUUAGUAUCUAAAACUUCCUGGGUUUUGGAUAAAAACACUUCUGUUAAUGUAGAAGGAAGAACUGAAAUGUUACAUGAAGAAAAAAAUGACAUCAAGAAGGCAGCUUUAUUAUUAAAUUCUGGAACUGAAGUGAACUUCAAAGUACAUAUUUUUUAUUACCCAUGGUAUGGUAACCCACAAACUGAUGGACGCUAUAUACACUGGAAUCAUCAUAUGCUUCCUCACUGGAAUAAAAAUGAGGCAAAAAAAUGGCCCUUGGGUAAGCAUUUGCCCCCUGGUGACAUUGGUGCCAAUUUCUAUCCAGAACUUGGUCCCUACAGCUCUUCAGAUGCUUCUGUUGUGAAUACACACAUGAAACAGAUCCAUUCAGCAGGAGUAGGAGUAUUGGCAGUAUCAUGGUACCCCCCAGGUGAAGCAGAUGAUGAUGGCAUUCCUUUAGACAACUUGAUGCCACUCAUUCUAGAUUCAGCGCAUGCUCAUGGAAUCAAGGUUUCUUUUCACUUGGAGCCAUUCAAAAACAGAGGUGGAGAAACCCUGAAAACACAUGUCAGAUACAUUAUUGAUACGUAUGGACAUCAUCCAGGAUUUUACAGGACAGAAUUAAAGGGACAAAAUCUUCCAGUAUUUUACAUCUAUGACUCAUACCAGGUGCCCUCUUCAGAGUGGGCAGCAGUGCUUAAACCAGGAGCACCACUGACUCUGCGAGAUACUAGAUAUGAUGGAAUUUUUCUGGGUUUAUAUCUGAGCCCAGAAGAUGAAGUAAAAAUUUUAGAUGCUAGCUUUGAUGGAUUUUAUACCUACUUUGCAGCAAAUGAGUUCACCAAAGGCAGUUCAUGGACUAAUUGGAAGACGAUGGCAGAGUUUGCCAAGCAUAACAAUUUGCUGUUUGUGCCCAGCAUUGGGCCAGGCUAUGUAGACACUCGCAUAAGACCUUGGAAUGCUCAGACAGAAAGAAAGAGAGACCAUGGGAAUUACUUCAGGAGAGCAUUUGAAGCUGCCAUUGAUGCAGGGGCCAAGUAUAUCUCUAUCACUUCAUUUAAUGAAUGGCAUGAAGGAACGCAAGUGGAACCAGCCAUACCCAAGGAAACUGAAAGGUUUAAGUAUGAGGACUAUCAACCUCACCAGCCUGACUUCUAUCUUAAUUUACUGAAAACAUUGGUAGACCAGUUUUCAAAGGCUCAGAAGUAAUAUCUCCUUUGUAUGAAUUUGUUGUGCAAUUUAUUGUGGGUUUUUUUUGUCCUAAUAUCUUCAAUUAUUUUACCAGAAAGGCUUAUUAUUCUCUUUGGUGGCUCACAUUUUAGAGAAUACUUUUGGAGGUCUCACAUUUCUUAACUUACAGAUUUUUUUUCACAUAUUGUUAUUCUUUUUGUUAUUCUGUUGACCUCAAAUCCUUGAGUCAGUUGAUUUUGUGCUUCUGCCCUCAGAUACUUGUGAUAUCUGUAAUAUUUCCGUUGCAGCAUUACUAAUUAAACAAACUGGUGUUUUAAAUAUAUUUUCUACCAUAAUGAUAAAUAUGUAGCAUUACUGAUUGUGUGAUUGAUCUAAUUUUAUGUUGCAUGGACAAUCAGGUAUCAUUGUGAUAUUGUGAUAAAGAUGAUAUCUGUAAUGUCAUUUCAUAGUUUUGGAAAGUCGUUAUUGCAUCCAUGCUUGUUAUGUAGAUGUCCGCAGCUUAAAUUAUGCCUACACUGCGAAACUCCAGCUAAAAGGGGUUGGUGGUUGUAUCACAGACAUAUAUAUCAUCCAUGCUUGUAUAUCACUCGGCAAAUAAAGAUGAAUUUAUGUUAUGUGAUGUUCAGUUGUGGAUUGAAACUGAUACAAACCUUAAUACUUUUUUUGUCAUUCCAUACUGACACUUUACAAGGGGCCAGCCAUCUUGAUCUUUUACCAACCAUUCUACACACAGACUGACCACUGCUAUGAAUAAAACUAACACUAAUACUAACCGCUACCUAGUCAAGUCAGUGGGUCCAAAAGUAGUUUGCCAGCACAGCUGUGAUAUGCAUGUGCAGUGCGCAUUAACAAGACAGUUGCCAUUUUGAAGGGCAACUUCAAUAGAAUGUGACAUGAUAAGCUUCACAAAUAAUUGUACUGAGUUUGUUUAAACUUUUUGGCCCUUGUUCUGUCAGCAGUAUAUUAAUGGUGCAUGUGAAGAAUAUGCACAUUGUAGAAUUAGGAUUUGUUGUUGUUGUUGCUUUGUUAUCACACUAUCAUGAUCAAGUUAUCUCCUAGUAGAAGUUGAGUCAACUUCUAGUAUCAGUGGUCUGAAAGACAAAUGGUCAGCUGGUGACCAUGUAUAAUUCUGUAUGUCGAGAAGGAUUUUUGUUUUUAAAACUGGUUUACAUUGGAGAUUGUUUUUUUGUGAUUCACUUUGUAAACCUUUCAGUUAACAGACUGUAAUUAUGUUGGCAAAGCUAAAACAUAAAGAGACCAUAAAACUGAUUUAGUGAAAGAAGCAAGAGUGGUAAGAAAGUAAAGGUCUCAAUGGAGCAGAUGUUUAAGGCUUAAAAGCUGCUGACAUUAAUCAUGCACAUAUAAAGAUAAUGCCAAAACAAUUUGUGUAUUGUAAGCCCUCUCGCAGAUUCUGAUUAGAAUAGUAAAAGCCAUUGACCAGUUUACUUUUUUUCACAAAGAAAUGCAAGCUUGAUACAAUGGUACCUUGGCAUUCAACAACAGCUCAUUCUGAAAGUCUGAGCCGAGUGCCAAUGUAAAUGUAUAUUUUGCCUUCUUUUGUACUAUUUAUUGAUUGUUAUUGGCAGUCAUGGUCAAAGCAGUCAUUUUUAGUUUUAUAAAUUUGCUUCAAAGCAUAAUAUGAAGCUUGGAAUUUGACUCAGUCAUUUGUCCCUUGCCUUGUUAACAAGACAAGCUCUGGACUGGAACCUACAGGGAAGGCGUAGGGUUGGGAGACCCAGACAGACAUGGAGGAGAUCAGUCCACAGGAAGGUGGAGGCAGCUGGCAUGACAUGGUCCCGGUGUGCAAACUGGAGAGGGACACCCAGAACCUGCCGAUCCGAUGGCGCGUUGCGGCUGUAUGCUCCACUGGGGGUGAAUAGGAACAAGAAGAAGAUUCGUCUUUUGACUGGUACCGGUCAUUGCCGUUAGGACUAAGACUCACGGGGACUAAGAACUGGCCUGGUUGCAAGCAGCGGUUCUUGGUGUCCUAUGUUGUGACAACCGUGCUUUGCACAAAGUAUUGGUUUUACAUUCUCUGUACGAUAUCUGGAGUACCUGUUCUCAAACACAUGGAUUCUCCUCUCCACGUCGGCAUGCAGAAUUCACGUUUCACAUCCGUAAAGCGGGAUCGGUACUACGAGAGAUCGACUUGUACAAUAUUGUACUUUGUAGUAAAACUUAGUCCAGCCUAGCCAUUCCCGCUAGCUGUUGCUGCUGCUAUCCUGGUGCGGAUGUCUGUCGUGGAACUGACGUACGUCUUUAAUUAAUUGAAAGUGUGGAUCCCAAGUAUACUGUUUACCUCUUCGAGCCGUACCCCGUUCGAGUAGAACUCUGAUUUGCUGUUGCCAAUAACUAAUAUACUUUACUUUUAUAUCAGUGCUGGUCUCCAUUCCAUAUGCGUUCGAAGUGUCUGUCUAGGUAAGAUUUUGCAGUUGUUAUAUAAUACUUGCUAUCAGAUCGAUAUGGUCUGCAAAGCGUAGGUUGCAAAUCGGCCGUACACCGAUGGAAAUAGAGGUGUACAUGUUUGUUGUGGAGGGUUUCACGAAUGAUGUUCUUCAAGAUUUCGAGCAGCACAGGUGAUCGUCAAACGUCGUCAUAUGCAAUAACUCAACGGAGACAUACAAAAAUAUACGUCGAUGUACUGUGAAAACAAUAAUCGAAACUUGAGUUAAUUCACCGACAAUUCCUUUUUAGUCGAGUUUGCAAAUGAAAAUAUAUGCUGCCAUGACUUCGAUGAACUGAUUAGCCUUGUAUACCUUCCCAGACAAACGGACGAGAGAUGGUCGAGGGGAAGGGGAGCUAAAAAUCACGGACCCAAACGCUAAUAGCAAGAUUUAGUCGAAGUAUUUAAAUACUUAUCGGUUAAAGUCACUUGAACUUAGAAAACAAAACCACUCAUGACUCA